CUGUCGCUUCUUGUCAUUCCUUUUUUCGUUGAUUUUUGGAGCAACUUCCGACUCUUACCUAGUCCCCCUGGGAGAGUUCUUUUCAGCACUUCUUGUCUUAUAACAGCACGUGUUUCUUACCACUUUAUCUUAGCUGCGUCAGCCUUACGCCAUUGUCAGCUAUGUACCAUUUCUCAGGCGCAAGCGAUACCUACGCAACCGUUCUCUCCUCCUGCAUUCGUUGCACCGCCACCACCGCUACCAACCAAACCCCCUGUGCAGCACACUUCCGCAACACAGGUAGCGGACCCCUUCGCUCCAGUUUCUGCCAAAAGCGCAACAACGGAGUUCGAUCCUUUUGCUGAUUUUGAUGCGAAAUUCAGCGAACUUGUUUUGAAGAGCUCGUCUACUGUUAAUGCGUUUGAAUCGCCUUUGCCAGUUCAACCGCUUCCAAAAUCCGCUACGGUAGACACUUCGUUCCCUAUUCCACAACCGGCGAACACCUCACAACUUUUUAAUCCAUUCCAAUCCCAAGCAUCAGAGGAUACACAAUCAUUGAAUGCUGCUACCUUCUGCGAACGGGCACCUAUUACGAGAAAUUGUGACAAUAGUGACAAAUACAGUGCUCUCGCUGAACUGGACCAGAUGUUCCAUCAUAGCGGUCGUCCCAACGCAGCCGGUGGAGAAAAGCCACCAUGGCUGCCAAGUGGUAAGUCAGCAGCUAUUGCUUGA